GCGGGUUGAUUUAUUCAAUCUGAUCACGAAAAAUUGAAAGUCGGUAUUUUUUUCGGUUCGUGGUUUGAGACAAUGAAAUUGGGCCAUCGGGAGGUAGUUUUUUCCGGGUUGACUGAUGAAGAGGGGACGUUUCCAUGUCUUCCGGGCUCUCGCGCACCUAUUUACGUACCUUCGAACGAUUCAUUCGUGUUUGAGGGUGGCAUAACGUCGCGAACCCACAAACGUGACGCGUCUCCGCCGCCUCCGCGACCACCGCCGCCCCCUGGAAGAGAAACGAAAACGGAAAUGCCAAGACCACCCGUGAAGAAACCCGAGCCCAAAAUGAGCGACCGAAGAAGACCCCCGGUUUAUAGACCCAAAUCACGGACUGAUUCAAGUAGCAGGGCAGAUGGUGGUCGCUUGAGGGGAGACGGCGGCGGAAGCAGCGAUGAAGACUCUCGAACCGAUCUUCGGCAACGUCUCCAAGAAGAAGCUUCCAUCUAUCGACGCCGUCUCGACGCCUAUCGACAAGCCCAAGCGGAUCAAGCGGCGCUAGUUAGUCGAUUACAAGCCAAAGUUUUGCAAUACAAGCAACGAUGUGCCGACCUGGAAUCCCAAAUGUUGGAAAAUCCAAGACACACGACACCGACACAAGUGGCCCCCAGCACGGCCAUGGAACAAGCCCAACAACAUUUGAGGGAGGUCCGCGAGGAACGAAUCACUGAUCUUGACACCGCUUUGCGAAGAUUAGAAGAAGAAAAACGAAGAAAUGACAAGUUGGUCCAGUUAAAUACGACUCUGAGAGAACAAUUGGAAGAGUCGCACAAUACGAACGAAAGCCUGACUGUUGAUCUGCAAAAAUUGACCAACGAAUUUGAAAAUCUGAGAGAAGAAAUGAUCAUUAAGGAAGAUGAGUGGAAAGAUGAAGAACAAGCUUUUAAUGAUUAUUAUAGUACUGAACAUAAUCGACUUUUGAAUUUGUGGAGAGACGUCGUGGCGGUAAAACGCUUUUUCAUGGAGAUACAAUCAAGCACUGAACGUGAUCUCAAUAGCAUAAAAAGCGAAGUCAGUUCUUUGGGGAAAGAAAUGAUGACGGCUUGUUGUAGAAUGGACACCAACCUUUUCACCGACUCAAUUCUUGGUGGCAAGGAACGCUACUUGCACCAACAAGAACUUUCCGACUUGAAACACCAACUCGAUACAUUGAAAAUCCAACACGAAAGUUGCCAAAGCGAAAUCAAAAUCAAAGACGAACGAAUUCAACAACUCCUCAAAGACACCCAAAAUUUGGAAGAAAGAUGUGCCGAAGCCGAACACAACGUGUCCCAAGUAAUGAAGGUGCAAGAAGAAAUCGACUUGCUUCAAGCAGCUUUACGAGACAUCGCACAUGCUUUGAUUCAAGACGCCGAAACAAAAGACCCUGAAUUGAGUACACAUAUCCACCUUAGUGCUUCCACACCGGUGCCUCAAAAGUCGCCAAAACGAGGCUUAGGACGUAGUAUGACUUCCGCAGCUUUUGCUGAAAGCACAAUAUCAGCAGUCCAAGCAGCUCUACAUAAAUAUCAAUCAAUGAUACACGAACUACAGGUGAAGCUCCAGUCGAAUAGGGAGCAACUUUUGCUAGUUCGGAAACAAUUUGAUCAUUCGGAAGAAAACGUAGCAAGUUUAGAGAACAGAGUUAAAGAACUAGUGGCACAACUUGAUGCUUGUCGCACACAAUGUUCACAACUCAGUCAAGAUAAAGAUUAUCUUCAAAAGAGUUUGGAGAGUUUGAAAAUUGAGAAAAAUGCCUUAGACCGACAAAGAGUCGAAAUAAAUUCAUUAGUAGAGUCAUUAAAUUCGGACUAUGAUAAAUUACAAAAGAAUAAUAAUAAAUUACAAAGAGAAAUAGAUGCGUUACAGGAUGAAAAAAUUUUUCUACAGACUGAAAUCGAACGUCUUAAUCAGGAAGCCAGUAUUAGGGAAAUUAAUUUGAGAGGAGAGGAAGAAAGGUGUAGUCGCAUUAGAGAAGAAUUGUUAAGUGCACGUGAAGAAUUACACAAAUUAUAUUUAUCACACGAUAUGCUCGAACAACAGAAAGCGGAAGCGGAAAAUUUGAUCACUAGUUUGGAAAAAGCCAAAAGUGAGUGUGAAAUGGAAUUGGAGAGAAUCCUCGGUGAGAGAUCCAACGUUCACGACUCUUUGGUCAAGAAAGAAAACAUUGCUGCAAAUUUGGAAAGCGACAAAAAGAAACUUUUGGAUGAUUUGAAGAAGCUCGAGGAUGAAAAACUGGCGUUACAAAUGCAAUCAAACGACCAACAAAACGACAUUCAAUCCUUACGCAAGGAAUUGCUCCAAGCUGAGCAACAAAGACUUGAUUUAGAAUCUGACAAAGUCUCACUAUCAGAAAAAUGCAAAUUUUUGGAAAUCGACAAAAGCAAAAUUGAAAUGGAGUUGAAUCAAGUGAUACGCGAACGUAACGAUUUAAGUAACCAACUUACCGUCCUAGGGCGCAAAAAAGACGCUCUUAAUGACGAAUUAGUCCGCACCCGUCAAAAACUCGAACAAGCCAACGAAACCAACGCCCGAGUUAACCGGAAUCUUGAAGAUCUAGUCCGGGAAUGUGAAGAAAAACAGUGUACAAUAGACGCGAUGGAUAAAGAUAUCCAGAGACUUCAAGAGCAAUUGGCUGCGAUUCGUUCCGAGAAAGAAGCUUUGGAAGCUGUGCUUUUCGACACUCAGACGAAUCUUGAGGCUUCUGAAGCCAAGAAAUUCCAGUUGGAAGCCGAGCAACAGGAGCUUUUAGUUAAGCAGGAACAACUUAAAGCCCAGAUUGCUCGUCUAACAAAAGAUUUGGAAAGGUCGGAAAAACGGUGUCUCGAGGUUAAAAAUAGUCUAACCCAACAAGCCGGUAACAAAGAAAUGGAGUUUAAGCAAACGGUUGAGAAGUUGAAGAUGCAGAAUGAAGAUAACGUGAAGAAACUGACGGAUGAGAGAGAGAAGAUUCGGUCUAGUUUGGAGAAGCGGUUGCAGCAGAGUUUGCAACAGUUGACCCAUGAAAAAGAUGCAGAAAUUCAACAGUUGGUUGACAGGAUUGAAGCGUUGCAAAAUCACAUCGAAAAUAUGGUCCAACAGCAUGAGGAGUUGAUGCUGAGGGCGGAGAAUGACAAGCAAAAGGCUCUCCUCAUUGCGCAUCACGAUCAACAAGCAUUGCAAGAUCGUCUCGAGGAUGCGCGCAGAGAAUUAAACAAUGAAAGAGAAACUUUAGAACGUCUGAAACGAGAAGCAAACGGCCGAUUUGAAAAGGACAGGUCGAGCAUAAACCAACUCAAGGAAGAACUCAACAAGUAUAGAACGAAACUAGAAGAAAGUAAAUCAAGAUACGAAGAAGAAAAAAUUAAACUGGAACAAAGAAUCGAAGAAAUUAAAAUCGAAAGAGACGGACUCCAAACUGAGGUGGAAAACCUCAAAGUCCAGUUGCACCUCACCGAAGAUAAAAGUGAAAGUAUCAAUAAUCAACUACACGAAACCAUAAGGAAGUUAAAAGAAGCCGAAAAUAAUUCGGAAAGUCUCCGAAAAGAAAUCACAGAUGUGCGUCGACUCUUAGCCGAUAGUAACUUCGAAAAAGAAAAAUAUCACAACACGAAUAAAGAAUUGCGAGAUCAUGUGAAGAAAAUCGAAGGGGAAAAACGCGAGCAGAGUCGACAGCUUGAAGAAGCGUUCCAGAAAAUCACAAAUCUAGAAGAUAUCAAAUUGUCGGUUGAGAAUGAGAAAAACCGGCUCCAAAACCAAAUUCGCGACUUAGAAAAGGAGCAGCUCCAGUCUGAACACAAGGCCCAAUCAAUUUAUGAGGAAUUGCAACGGGCACAAGCCAGUAAUACGCAACAGCAAGCUGAAGAGAAGGAGCUCCAAGCCCGGCUUUUAAAUGAAGUGGAGGAGCGCGAAAGAGCUCAUCAGGAGAUCCACCAACUCAAAAAACAAAUGGCAGAAUUGGACCGCAAUUUGGACCAAACGCGCCAAGAAUUGGGGCGCACUCGUACGCACAGUGCCCAAUUAGAAGAACAAUGGCACGCACGCGAGCAAGACCUUUUGGUCCACUUGGAAGACAGUAGAGCGCGAGAGAAACGCCUCGAAGACCAGAAACAUAACCUUGAAGUGUGUCUAGUCGACGCCACUCAACAGAUCCAAGAACUGAAAGCGAAACUCGGCGGUGCUGAGGGCCGAAUCCGGGCCUUGGAAGCCCAAUUAGGCCAAUUGGAAGCCACGAAAAGAGACGUCGAGCAAAAAUUAUUCAGUGUCGUCUCAACUUUAAGACGCAUCGCCGGCGUCCAAUUGGACGGUUCUGUUACAAUGCCUUACCGACUUUUGAGUCCUUCGAGACGUUGGAGUCCGGCUCGAGGCCAUGACGACGGCAGAGACGGAAUAGUCGACGUGGAUCCAGAAAUAGUGAGAAAAGGAGUACGGAAUUUGAUGCAACAAGUCGCUCAGAUCGAACGCGAAAGAGACGACUACAAGACUCAAGUCGCCACGAUUAAAAAACAAUUGCAUGAAGCACACGAGAGUCAGACUAAGGGCGACAGUAAGUUGAAUAAGGUUUUACAGAGUUUGAGGAGUGUACAAGAUGAAAAAGGGAGUCUUGAGGCGAGACUGAGUCAAAAAAGUGUUGAAUUGCAAUCACAGACCACAGCUUUGCAUAAAAAAACGGAAGAGAAUCAGCAAAUGAGAGAUAAAAUUGUUUCACUCGAAUUAGCGAUAAGUAGUGGAAAUGAGGAAAAAUUACAGUACGAGGACAAAAUCGAAAAAAUGAAGAUGGCGUUAGGCCGACUCGAGGCCGAAAAACGUGGCUUACAAGAAGAGUUGAGUCGGAUCGAAAACAGAUCGACAAAAUUAGAACUGCAAAGAAUGUCAACAGAAGGUGACCUCCAAAGAUUACAAAUGAUGCUACAAGAGAAAGAUGCAACGAUUCAGAAAUUGCAAGAGAAAUGUGAUCAUCAGAGUCGGAAUUUAGCAAGUUUGGAGGAACGUUGCAUGUCACUCAAAUCGACAAUAGACCAGUUGAAUUUAUCGCUUGAAAAAGCAGCAGCUGGUGAAAAUGAACUCAGAUCGGAAAUCCAGAGUCUCCAGAGAUCACUCCUGGAGACGACAUCGUCAUCUCAAGCAAGUGCCGAAAAAAUGAAACAGUUGCAAAAAUCGUUAGCCAACAGUGAAAACGAGCGAAGAAUUCUUUCGGAACGUUUCGAAAGUACUCAACAAAACUUGGCCGAAAUGCGCCGAAACCACCAAAUUCUACAAGACCAAGUUACGAGAUUAAACAACGAAUUGGCUAAUAACGAAGUCCAGCGUUCGGGUCUUGAGUCACAACUCCGUUUGGCCCAAUGGCCGGCCGAUGGUACUAUUGGUUCCCAUCAAGAAGAGGAAUUGCACCGACAGUUGCAAUCGGUGCAACGGGAACGAAGCGAAUUGAGAGGAAAAGUGGACUCUCUUAAUAACAAAGUGCGACAACUUGAGGCCGAAAAACGUAACUUUGAACGAUCAGUGGCUAAGUCUAGUACCACUACUAGGAAAGAGAAAUAUGAAAUGGAUUCGGGUAUCACCGAAUUGGAACGCUAUGAGCAGGAAAACCGGGAAUUGCGGCACAAAAUCGCGCAUCUCGAGGCCGAAUUGUCCGAAAAGGAGUCCGAAUUGAUUCGAUUGAGAAGUCAAAGACCGGGGCUUGACUCCAAGUUUGAUAGAGCUGAGAUUGAGAGGUAUAGAGCGGCUCAACUGCAAGCGGAGAGAUUGCUGGAGGCGAGAGAGCAGAGUCAUCGGCAACAAGUCUCCCGGUUGGAGAAUCAGAUUACCCUUUUGAGGGAGCAGUUGAACCAAGAGAUAAAAAGAAGGCAACAGUACGUUUUGAGGAGUACGAAAGCAGGGCGAGAGAUGCAACAGUUGAGACAAGCGUUGGGUGAUUCGUUGCGAACGGUGUCGCAGGACCCAUCACUCGAUGCUGUUUUGUUAGAACACGAGGCUAGGAAGUUAGAUAAUACACUAUCGACCACUGCCAGUCUGCCUCCGGGGCUUAGUUUACCGUCGACUUCGUAUAGGAGGUCGACGACGCCACAACCGAAAUAAUUCUUUGUUUUUUAACAUCGGGGAAGUAUUUAUUGCACUUUUGUACCAAAGAUGAUGGAUUUGUACACUGCCAAUUUAUAAUUUGCUCAAGGGUAGGAGAACGGAUAAUGCUUGCGCUGGUCAGAAUAUGGAUUUUUUUGUUGUUUUUUUUAAAAAUAAAAGAAGUGUUCAAAAUUUGAUAGUACACUUAGGUCACACUCAUGUAGAGGUUUAGACGUACUUAAAUUGUACUUAACCGUCCAGUUUUACGGGGGUCACAUUUUGAAAGGAAAUACAUGUUUGCCGAAUUGUUUUUGCAAUUUUAAGUGCCCUGUAUUGUUCGGAAUGUGACACGAUUUUUUCCGUCCAACUAUGUACUUAUGUAACAGUAUUUUGUAUUGGAGAGUGCUAGGUGAGGUAGAUUAUUUACUUAUUGCUUAAAUAAAUCAUUAUUAGACAAA